AUGAGCCAUCAGAUCGAUCUGAAGACGAGCGCCUGCACCAUGGCCGCCGCCGGCGGCGACGACGACUGGGUGUACAUCGACGGUGACCAAGAGACGAAGGCUCCGGCUGUCGUAUGUGCCUCCGAUAGCCUCGACGAGUCGGAGCAUUGCGCAUUCGACUUGAAGCUACUUGCCGAUCUCGACUACCUCGCAAGGAAAAAGGAUUCCCGGAUCAGGAUGGAUGGGGCGACGGAGGUGGUGGCUGCCGCGGACGCUGCCGGUGAUGGCGCAGCGGAUGAGGCCGACGCCGCGGAAGAUGAAGACGACUGCCCUGGCUACUCCAACGGAGGCCGCCUCGAGAAAGACUACGAGUCGGACCAAGACCUCGGUCAAGUCGAGGACGAGUCCGAGCGGCAUGAGGAUGGGACGUCCGACCUGAGGCUGAGGGGACUGCUCGACAACCUCAAGACCAUCGAGAGUAAACUGCUCGACUGCCAGAGGGAACUGCUCGACUGCCAAAAGUCCAUCCAAGACCACCGCAAAGCUACACGCGACGAGUCCGCCCCCGCGCCGGCACCGGCGCCGUCAGCGCACGGCUACAACGCUCGCCCCGCAGCCUACAUAGCAGGACUCUCUGCCUCGUCGUACACCUCUUACGACGGCUACCGCAGCGGAGGUUACGGCACCAGCUCUGGCUAUGAUGCCAACGGCUACGGCGGCGGAGGUUAUGACGGCGGCCUCUCAGACUAUGACUACGGCGGCGGACGUGGAGGUUACUACCGCGGCAUCUCGGGCUAUGACUACGGCGGCCUAGGUUACUACUACUACCUCUUAGGCUAUGACUACGGCAUGGGCGGCAGAGGAGGUUACGGCAUCGGCUUUGGCCAUCGCUACGGUGGCGGCGGAGGCUACGGCGGCAUCUUGGACUAUGGAUAUCGCUAUGGCCGCAACGUAGGUCAUUACUUUGACUUUGACUACGGUGGCCUUGGAGAUAAUUACAGCGGCAGCUCUGGCAAUAGCUACGGUUACCGCCCUGAAGACUAUGGCGGCUGGAUGUUGUCCUUGGUCGUCACCGAUGCCCGAGGCGCCGGCGGCGGAGCCUGA